CUCUCACCCUCAGACUGAGUGCUGAUUAUCUCAAGACAGGAGCAGUACUUUCAUGAAAACAGAUCUCAUACACCUGCAAAGGAAACACCGGAUCUACAAAGAUGGAAACUCUGAAGCGUUGGAUGAAGGACUGGAAGUAUCCCACUUCUCUGUUAUGCAUCUAUGGGUUCUUCAGCACAGUAAAGCCUUUAGAACCAUUUCUCAUCCCAUUCCUAACUGGACCAGACAAGAACCUAACCAUUGAGCAGGUAACCAAUCAGAUAUUCCCAGUGUGGACGUACUCGUACCUGACAGCGCUGGUUCCUGUCUUCCUCCUCACUGAUUGGCUACGUUACAAACCUGUGGCGGUCUUCCAGUGUUUAGCCCUGUUCUCCACUACGGCGAUGUUGCUUUGGUGUAAUGGGGUCCUAGAGAUGCAGGCCAUGCAGUUUACAUAUGGAGUGGUGACGUCGUGUGACGUUGCUUACUUCACAUACCUCUACAGCAUGGUGGAGUUGAAGCAUUACCUGAAAGCCACCUCAUACUGCCGGACUGCCCAGCUGCUGGGCUACACCGUUGGUUCAGUAUUGGGCCAAAUCCUAGUCUCUUUGGAACUGAUGUCUUAUAACAACAUUCUAGUCUUUACACUGGUUCUAACUGGUAUUGCUUUGAUCGGCUCCAUUCUGCUCCCAAUGCCCAAGACAAGUAUGUUCUUCCACAAAACGAGGAGUGCUAGAGGAGAGACUGAUGGUGAAGGGCAUGUUGGGAUAGAGGAAGAUCUUCAGAGCAAUGGCCAAAAAGUUGGUGUAGAGAUGGAUGGAGCCAAACAGCAGCAGCAAAUAUCAGAAGUUUCCACUGAAUGUGAUAAUACAAGUGCAAAAAGUUUCAAGAAAGGUGGUGGCUGCUGUGAUGUUCUGCUCCGGUUGUGGAGGGACUUCCUGCAGUGUUUCUCCUCACGUACACUGCUUAUCUGGUCAGUGUGGUGGGCACUGUCUACAUGCGGCUACAACCAGACGGUGAACUACGUCCAGUCACUGUGGGAGUACGUGGAGCCGUCGAGUAACUUCACGGUCUACAAUGGAGGAGUGGAGGCCUUCUCAAACCUGUUUGGGGCGGGGGCGGCAUACGGUAUCGGUUUUUCAUCCGCAGACUGGUCUCGCUGGGGAGAGUUGGCUCUGGGAGUGCUCUCGGCCCUGGAGGGCGGCGCUCUCUUUGCUAUGGUCUUCAGCGGAAACAUCUGGGUCUGCUACUGUGGCUACAUCAUCUUUAAGAGCCUGUACAUGCUGCUUAUCACCAUUGCCAUGUUCCAGAUAGCAGCUGGGUUGAACUUGGAGCGUUACGCCCUUGUGUUCGGAGCCAACACUUUCUGUGCGCUGGUCCUCCAGACAAUCAUCACCUCAGUGGUGGUGGAUAGUGGCGGGCUUGGGGUGGAUAUUGUCACACAGUUUACCAUCUACGCGGCAUAUUUUUCUAUUAUUGCACUAAUUUUCUUCUUGAGUGGUUUGUAUACCGCAAUGUGCCGAAAACCUGAGACGGAAACACUGAGAGAAAAUCUAGAAGAAAAAUUUAAAGCAGAAGAUGAUUCACAAAUCAUCAUCGGAACAAAUUUCUGAGCACAAGGAACA